AUGGAUUGGGAAAACAUAUGCAGGAGUGCUCCACCUCAAAGUCUCGGCUGGAAGAAGUGGACAGGAACCCCAACCUCGUUCUCGUUCUCCAAGGAUGGGUUGUCCGUGGUCUUCCUGAUGUCGGAACGGGCGGAUGUUUGUUUUGGCCACGAUUCAAUUCUUCACGUUGCGCUGGAGGGGGCCGCAGAAACACGCCGCGUCAACAUUACAAAGCCCUCUGAGAGCGGCGAGCCUCAGGUAUGGCAUCCUCGGAUCGUUUCGAUCUGCCGAUCCGUCAGGAACUUCAACGUCCUCUAUGCUGUAGUCGAUGUACAGGGGCAGAUGGGUGUUUGGAGAAUACAGAUGUUCCCAGAAGAGUCCCAAGGUGACGUCGAAGCCGUGGCGAAGCCGCUUCUCGAACAUGGAUCCACCACAUUCUUAUCCUGCUUAGGAACGUCCAGCCUCAGAGACGAACUUCUCAUCUCGAGGUCUACGUUCCAGAGGGCAUGUGUUGUUGAGAUCGUCAGACAAGACAUCACAUCACAACUUCAAAUUCAACAAAUCGAUGAAUAUUACGUUCCGCAGGCGCCAUCAAUGUCAGAUCGAUUCUACUUCCCUUCUACUGGCGGCUCUAUGGUGCAGGCUUUCAUCCACAAACCCGCUGAUUUUACAGAGGAUAACCAAUACCCUGUUGCUAUAAUGGUGCACGGUGGCCCGAACGACGCGUGGAGGGAUUGCUGGUUGGCAACCUGGAACCAUUUGCCCUGGACGUCUAGGGGCUUUGUCGUUAUCACCCCUAAUAUCAGCGGCUCGACGGGGUUCGGGCUGCCUUUCGCAAUGUCCAUUUUCAAAAACUGGGGAGGCUAUCCGCUGGAGGAUCUGGGCUACUUAUUGUCGUUUCUCGAGGACUCGAUGCCUUUUGCCGAUCUAUCACGAGUGAUUGGUGCGGGUUACAGCUAUGGUGGAUACCUGAUCAACUGGCUUGCCGGGCAAGAGCUUUCCAGACGAUUUUGCGCCCUGAUUGUUCAUGGCGGCGUUUUCUCUCCCCGUAACUUGAUGGCCGGAGACUUUCCGCUGAUUUACCGCGAAGACUUCGGAAGCUUCCCCUGGGAGGACCGCGUGGAGUGGGAUAGAUGGGAUCCUAGCAAGUUCUGCGAGAAGUGGACUGUGCCGAUGCUUUUCACCCACGGUGAUAAUGAUUAUCGUGUACCGGUUUCCGAAGCACUGGCGGCGUAUCAUACAUGUCAGAUCAGGGGUGUUCCCUCUCAGCUUCUCAUCUUUCCUGACGAGGGCCAUACAGUAAGUAAGCCAGCAAACUUAGCACAGUGGCAUAAGACAAUGGUUACGUGGGCUAUGAAGUGGACAGCCUCUUAG